UACUCUUGAACUCAAAGACUCUUAGCGUGAUCCUCAAUGCCAGCCUGUCUUUUCACACAAACGCUCGAGCUCCUUGUUAAUGUGAUGAGCGAGGAAGGAUUGAGCCUUGUCUUUGAGUUGUAACAAUUGCUCUGGUACAACAACCAUCACUGUACCUCAAGUUCAUACACAACAAGUAGAAGAACUUCCGUUUUGAUAUUAUCAUAUUCUCUAGGUGCAAUGAGUGUUUUGAGUGUUGGACACUGUAAUGCGUGGAGCCAUGGGAGCGCGGAGUUCUUCAUGGGUGUGUGCCCCGCAUGUAGGGCUGUUGACCCUUUGAAACCAGCGGUGACGAAGAUGCCCCACAUCCAAGCAGUAGCCCAGGCAACUCCUAAACACCGUCCAACUCCAAUUCCUCUUUCGUAUUGCUGUGAGCGUUCACUUUUUUCUUGAAAAAUGUCUCUCGUAUCAGACGCCAUCUGGGCUGCUUCGCCCACAACCACCCGUGGCCAGCCAACACCUCUUUCAUCUGACCCCAAGGGAGAGCGGAUAGCCUACGCCUCAGGCAAAUCCAUCUUCCUCCGCUCCAUCGACAACCCCUCUGUCAGUAAACAAUACACGCAACACACAGCCCAGACCACAGUUGCCCGUUUCUCGCCCUCCGGCUUCUAUGUGGCAAGUGGAGAUGUGUCCGGAGCUGUAAAGAUCUGGGACUGCGCGGGCGAGGGCGCUACAAAAGGCGACUACCACAUCAUCGCCGGACGAAUCAACGAUAUUGCAUGGGAUGGAGACUCGCAGCGAAUCAUCGCGGUCGGUGACGGCAAAGAGCGAUUCGGACACUGCAUCACAGCAGACAGCGGCAACAGCGUGGGAGAGAUCUCAGGACACUCGCAGCAGAUCAACAGCGUUUCUAUUCGUCAGCAACGACCGUUACGAGCUGUGACCGGUUCAGAUGAUAGCAGCCUUGUCUUCUACCACGGUGCACCCUUCAAGUUCAAUACGAGUCUGAGAGAGCAACACAAUCGCUUCGUAUUCGGCACCGCAUUCUCCCCAGACGGCUUACUCUUCGCUAGCGUGGGUGCUGACAAACGCAUCUGGCUAUACGAUGGCAAGACCGGUGAGGCGAAGGGCCAGAUUGGGGAGGGUGUGCACACCGGUAGCAUUUUUGGCAUUUCCUGGGCAAAGGACUCGAAGAAGUUCGUUACAGCUAGCGCAGAUCAAACUGUCCGAAUUUGGGAUCCCGAGGCAGGCAAGGCUAUCCAGACUUGGAGGAUGGGUGAGGAAGGUGUUGUCAGCAUUCCUGACCAGCAAGUCGGUGUAGUCUGGCCCACCGGCCGCAGCGAUGGUUUGAUCGUCAGUGUGGAUCUGGAAGGAAACCUCAACUACCUGGUUGAUGGAAACCCAAAGCCGACCAAGGUCGUGCGCGGACACCAGAAGAACAUCACAUCUGCCGGAAUCUCGGGUUCGACGUUCGCUACUGGUAGCUACGACGGCCGCGUCCUUGCUUGGGACGUCUCUACAGGGCUUGCCGACAAGGUUGAGGGAGCCUCACAUUCCAACUAUGUUGCAGGCAUCACCGCUGCCGACUCCAAGAGCCAGGCUGAACUUUACACUGUAGGAUGGGAUGACACUCUGAGAUCGAUCUCCGUUCCGAACAAGAUCUUCACCGGUGAAGCAAGCGAGCUUGGGUUCCAGCCUAAGGGUAUCGCUUCCACAGGAGACGUUACACUGGUAGCUUCCGCUGACUCGAUAGCCGUAUACUCCAAGGGUUCCAAGGCUAGCUUAUUGUCAGUCAAGUACGCUGCUACAUCAAUCGCCGCACACGGGUCAACUGUUGCAGUUGGUGGAGACGACAAGCUCGUCCACAUCUACACUCUGUCUGGCACCGAACUCAAGGAAACCGGCACAGAGCUCCGCCGCGCUACGGCAGCGAUCUCAGCGGUUGCCUUCUCUGCAUCUGGUUCAAAGCUUGCUUUCGGUGCCAGCAACGGUAAGAUCUACGCAUAUGAGGCUGGUGGGGACUGGAAGAUUAUUACGGACCGAUGGAGUGCACACACUGCACGUAUCACAUGCCUAGCCUGGGAUGAGAGCGAAAAGUACGCCGCAAGUGGAAGUUUGGACACAAAUGUCAUGGUCUGGAGUGUCGAGGACCCAGGAAAGCGAAUCAAAGCGCUGAACGCUCACAAGGACGGUGUCACCGGCGUGGCUUGGGAGAAGGCAACAAAGGUCCUGAGUGCCGGUGGUGACGCUAGUAUCAAGGUAUGGACCGUAAAGGCUUGAGCACUGUGAGGGAUUGGGUGUUCUCGCGAUAGCAUACCUAACAUCGUUCACUGUGCGUCUGAACUGGUCACGGAGCCCGCCGACGGAAUUGAAAAAGAGUGCAGCGGCACGUCAGUCAUGUGUCAGGCCGGUGGCUCUUAAAGAAACUCAGAUAUGAGGCGAAAGUUGAUAGGAUGUGAGUUGUUGCUGCUCCUCGUGUGCACUUGCCGUCGUUCCUUAGUUUCCCGUAGUGGCCCAGUUGCGGGACCUGCCUGGCUUCUCACGUUUGUUCACCAUCCACCAACCCAGUUCUUUGACACCACCACAACCUUCUAUCUAUCAUCAGUGCCAUGUUUAACUGGCUAACUUGUGUAAGUUUUACAGACCCG